AUGGCAUCUACAGCUGCUUCAGCCCCGGCUGUCCCGUCAUUAAAUCUUCCCCCUUCCCAAUUCGCCCGUCUCCAACCUCACGCCUACCUUCUCGCCCACCUCUCCCCUCCAUCCGCGAGCACUCAGCCCUCAGUCCGCGCCAAUGGCCGCGCCGCCUCCCAGUUCCGAGUUACAUCUGCCAACGCCGGCUCUCUAACGCACACAAACGGCAGCGCAGUCGUCCGCAUCGGCGAUACAGCUGCUGUAUGCGGAGUGCGCGCAGAACUUCUACACACAGCGGACAUCGCUUCCUGGAGUGUGUCCAAUGCUUCGGACGAAGAAGCCGACAAUGCGACCCAGAAAGGAGCUUCCCAGAAUGCAGAUGACGAUCGCAAUCAAGUACAAGACCUCCACUUGCUUGUUCCCAACCUUUCUUUGAGCACUGGCUGUGCACCAGGCUUGACACCUGGAGCGCCACCCUCUACGCUGGCCCAGUCGCUCUCUCACGAAAUCCUCUCUCUCUUGCACACCACCAACCUCGUCAAAGCGGACGACUUGCGCAUCUGGUACCAACCACCAAAUCUGGAGUCGGAGGAAUUCCGCAAUGCUGCCGAGGGAAUGGAAGUCGAUUCAGAACAAAACGGAGGACCAGAGCCGGAGAUCAAGGCGUUUUGGGUACUUUACAUCGAUAUCAUGAUCAUUUCAUGGGCUGGGAAUGCCUUCGACGCAGCUUGGUCCUCUGUUCUGGCUGCGCUGCGUGACACGAAACUUCCCAAGGCUUGGUGGGACGCCGAUAAUGAGACCAUUCUGUGCUCGGACGAUAUUGCUGAUGCGCGGAAGUUGUCUCUGCGGGGUUUGCCUAUUUCUAGCAGCUUCUGCUCUUUUGAAGCGGAUGCUGCUGCUGGCUGGAGAGCUGUUGUCAUUCCUAGUCCCGAGGAGUUGAAGUCACAGGGCCAGAAGAAGGGCUCUCAGCAAAGGUGGAUUUUGGCGGACCCGGAUGGGUACGAGGAAGGGCUGUGUGAAGAAAGGGCUUUAAUUGUCGUUGAUAACGAGGAUGGAAAGACUGUGAUACUGAAGAUGGAUAAACUUGGUGGUUGGGGUGUGGAUAGUGAUGAUCUGCGGCAGCUUGUGGAUGUCUCCGCAGAGAGAUGGCAGGAGAUGAAGCAGAUACUGGACCAAUGCUGA